AUGAAGUUAAGAUGCUCUGAGAAUCAAAUAGAUCCAGGUCGUGCAGCAGAAACAGCGGUGCAGAUUUGCGUUAUACCAGCGGCAAAAACUAAGAAGCUUGAACCCUCUGAAUUUAGUCUCUAUGCUGCAAAUGGUUCUGAAAUAAAAACUUACAGGUCAAAGCUGUUAACCAUUGAUUUAGGUCUUAAACGUAAGAUUGAAUGGUCAUUUAUAGUAGCAGAAGUAUCAAAAGGAAUAUCUGGAGCCGAUUUUCUUCAUCAUUUUGGUUUGUUCAAAGAUCUGAAAAAUCAAAAGCUUAUAGAUAACAUUACAAAGUUAAAAAUUUCUGGAGAGGUAACUGCUGUGGAUGCUAACGAUUCAGUAUGCUCACUCUAUACAAAAUGUCAGUAUUCAAAGAUGUUAGAGAAAUUUUCUGAGCUAACAAAACCAUCUAUAAUACCAAAGGUGUUAAGGCAUAAAGUACAGCAUUAUAUCACUACUUCUAGUGGUCCACCGGUGUAUAGUAAAGCUCGUAGGUUGGAUCCACAUAAAUUGCAAAUAGCUAAGAAAGAAUUUCAGUUUCUGCUGAAUAUUGGUAUUUUACGUCCAUUACAAUCACAAUGGGCUAGUCCACUUUACCUUGUUAUGAAAUCCAAUGGUCAGUGGCGAGUUUGUGAAGAUUAUCGCUCAUCAGAAUCUCCCAAACAACAUAUGAGCUUUAAACAAUUGAAUCAGUAUGGUCUAGUAAUAAAUAUUGCAAAAUCUGUAUUUGGAGUGCAAGAACUCACAUUCUAG